AGACUCUACUUGGAGUGCGGUGCUUUCCUGGCGAGGCACCAACCCAACUCUACUUUCCCAAAAAGAGAUGGCGUCGUCGCGGCGGGAGACGACGGUGGGAGCGCCGUGGAGCAGGCUGGACGGGCAGGUGGUGCUGGUGACGGGCGCCUCCUCCGGCAUCGGCCGCGAAUUCUGCCUCGACCUGGCGCGCGCCGGCUGCCGGGUCGUCGCCGCCGCUCGCCGCGCCGACCGGCUCCUCUCGCUCUGUGACGAGAUCAACGCGUCUGCCUCGGCGGCCGGCGCAGGACCCCGGGCGGUGCCUGUUGAGCUCGAUGUCGCCGCCGGAGGGUCCGCUGUCGACGCGGCAGUGCAGAGGGCCUGGGACGCCUUCGGCCGCAUCGACGUCCUGGUCAACAACGCUGGCCUCCGAGGAGGUGUUCACUCGCCACUGGAUUGGCCUGAGGAUGAGUGGGAUAAACUCAUCAAGACGAACCUUACAGGACUAUGGCUCGUCGCCAAGCAUGUAUGUAGGCGCAUGCGGGAUGCCAAGAUAAAGGGUUCAGUAAUUAACAUUUCCUCUGUUUCGGGUUUGAACCGUGGCAAUCUGCCUGGCUCCAUUGGAUACGCAUCGUCCAAGUCGGCUGUGCAUUCCGUCACGAAGCUCAUGGCUUUGGAACUGGGAGCGCAUGGAAUUCGAGUGAACUCCAUUGCGCCUGGAAUCUUCCAGUCAGAGAUAACUGCUCCUCUGUUGCAAAAGAGAUGGUUGAAAACAGUCGUUUCAAAGAUCGUGCCACUUAAGGUCAAUGGCACUACUGAUCCAGCAUUGACAUCGCUGGUUCGUUAUCUCAUCCAUCAAACGUCGUCAUAUGUAACUGGCAACAUCUUCGUUGUAGAUUCAGGUGCUUCCUUACCUGGUGUUCCAAUAUUCUCUUCUCUGUAAUCAGUUACUGGAGCUAAGGUGGGUAUGUGCAAUAAGCAAUAAAAACUAGUGCCUUGAUCUGUCUGUACUGUUAAGCAUGUACUCACAUAACAUGUUAUACUCUGAAGACCGCUUCUCUUUUGUUC